UCCGUAAUUCCCGUUCACAACCAGGAAACGAAUGUUGGAGAGAAAUACACUGAUGCUACUCACGCUUUGAUCAACCACCUUUUACGUUUAUGUUGGUGAUUAUAGCUGUCAGUUGAGUACAGUAAAAUGCCUUUAUUUUAUUCGUCGUGCGUGGAUAUGAAUAAACAAUGUCGUCGUAUUUGAAGGCGUGGGAGUGAAUGGGGGAGGCAGCGGCCAAUGAUCCAGCGGCGAGUGUCCUGUCAGCGCGUCCUCAGCCCACUCCGACUUAUGGCUGUUCAGCUAAUCGUGGGAGCCAACACACAGUGAAGACAGCAGCAUCAUGUUCCUGAAAUCUUCCUUCACAACGCUGAUUGUUGGGGUGUUUGUGGUCUACGUGUUGCACACCUGUUGGGUCAUGUAUGGGAUAGUGUACACCAAGCCCUGUGACAACCCCAAAAGUACCAACUGUAUUACACCAUUCCUAGCCUCCAACCCCAAACUGCAGUUGAGCAUCUACACAUCGCUGCGACCCAAUGCUGAGGGAGGACAUACUUUAAUUCACAAAGAAGAGGACUUUGACAUUGACAAAAAGUUUGAAAGGAUGAUCAAUGUCUCCCUUCCCAAAAAAACACGUAACAAUGGGACGUUGUAUGCCCUAAUAUUCGUCCAUCAAGUAGGUGUCAACCCCUGGCAGGACCACAGGCAGGUGCACCUGGUAGCUCAGCUCACCACUUACAUGGUCCCCAAACCUCCAGAGAUCUCCCUCAUAGCUGGAGAGGAUCAAACACAGGAUGUAAAAGAGUCCCAGCAAAAGAAAAGAGCCAGUGCAAAUCCAGGAGGUGGCACCACAGGAACAUCUGCCUCUUCAGAUCACCCAGUUGCUCACUGGCGUUCACGACUGACUUUCAACAUUGUUGGAGAUCAUUUUAUAUUUGACAGAGAGUACCUGCCAAGUGAUGUCCAUAGAUACCUCAGAGUAUUUCAAAAUGGCAAGAAAAUGGUGUAUCUACCUCUGCUGUUUGUUGAUGAGCUCAGUAACCGAGUCAAGGACCUUAUGGAGAUAAACAGCACAUCUGCAGAGCUGCCUCUCACCCUCACAUAUGACUCUAUCUCACUGGGCAGACUGAGGUUCUGGAUCCACAUGCAGGAUGCAGUCUACUCUCUGCAGCAGUUUGGCUUCACAGAGAAAGAUGCUGAUGAGAUUAAAGGCAUCUUUGUGGACACCAACCUGUAUUUCUUGGCUUUGACCUUUUUUGUAGCUGCUUUUCAUCUCUUGUUUGAUUUCCUGGCCUUUAAAAAUGACAUAAGCUUUUGGAAACAGAAGAAAAGUAUGGUGGGAAUGUCCAGCAAAGCAGUGCUGUGGCGAUGUUUUAGCACGAUAGUCAUUUUCCUCUAUCUGUUUGAUGAGCAGACUAGCCUGCUUGUGCUCAUACCUGCAGGCAUUGGCUCAAUCAUUGAAGUGUGGAAGGUGAAAAAGGCCUUUAAGAUUCAAGUUUGCUGGAAAGGAGCCAAGCCAACAUUCCUGUUUGGGAAGCUUGAUGAAUCUGAAAAAAGAACAGAAGAAUAUGAUACACUCGCAAUGAAGUAUCUUUCUUAUCUCCUUUACCCAUUGUGCAUUGGAGGAGCUGUAUAUGCACUUGUUUUCCUUCGAUAUAAGAGUUGGUACUCAUGGGUAAUUAAUAGUUUGGUUAAUGGUGUUUAUGCUUUUGGGUUCCUCUUCAUGCUUCCUCAACUAUUUGUUAAUUAUAAGCUCAAAUCGGUAGCCCAUUUGCCCUGGAAAGCAUUUAUGUAUAAGGCAUUUAACACCUUCAUUGAUGAUGUCUUUGCCUUCAUCAUCACCAUGCCAACAUCUCACAGACUGGCUUGUUUCCGGGAUGAUGUUGUGUUUCUCAUUUACCUUUACCAGAGAUGGCUCUAUCCAGUGGACAAGACCAGAGUAAAUGAAUAUGGAGUUUCCUAUGAUGAAGAACCUAAAAGAAAAUCUCACAAGGACUGAGGGAGCUGUUGAAAUAAUUGAUCGACUGCAGGAUUGUGAAAAUAAUAAGUUCAAUCAUAUGUUAAUGGCCAUAGACUUCACAGCAUUUAUUUGAUUUGAGUCACGAUCGUCAUAUCAAAAAUGUUCAUUCAGAAGUGCUUACAUUUGUACCACAGAAUAUUAAUAAUCUUAAUGGUUUAUUACGUUACAUUGGGGGAAAAAAAGAGGGAUAAUGUGGCUAUUUUUAUUUUUUGGCUUAUUUCCAACAGUCAGUCUAUUAGGUUAAACUUAACUGCUUUUGCAUUUAUUAAUCCACAUACAGGAUACUACAGUGGGUUGGGUGGUACAAUGGGUGAUUUUGAUACAAAACAUUCCAUAAUAGGAAUUUCUUAAAGUUACAUGUUAUUCCACUAUAGAUGGUUUUGCAGUUGUACCAACUCAAGUAUUCUCACAUAUCAGGGCAGAAGAAGAAAGUUUGUGCCAAAUGAAAGACAAGUUUGAAGCUGUAACAUUGUUUAGUUCAUCAUAAACUUUCCACCUGAUAUUUUGAAGUAGAUCACGUUAAAGGGAAAAAUUAAUUGACUUGAAGUGUUAUUUCUUUAAUUUAAAUCUCUCACUAUGUUAGGACACAACAAAAUGCAAACACAAUAUUUUGCUACAACGUCAACGUUUUUCUUUUUUUUUGGCCAGAUUUUGUUUUUCUAAUUGUAAGUCUUUUGAGAUAAAUA